AUGUGUCUAGACGAAUCAGUGGUGCACCAUUAUACCGUAAUAAGGUAUUUUAAAGAACUCCAGUCCCUUUACGCUUGGUGUGUGAUGGUAGUGAUGAUGGCUGGUGCUUCUAUGUUAUGUCUCAGUGGGAUCUACUUUUUUUUUGAUGUGGUUGGGUUCGGAACAAAAUGUUCAUUUAUAUUUUACCUUUCCGGUGAGUUAAUGCACACCUUCAUUUAUGCCUGGUAUGGGCAGAAGAUAUCAGAAAUGAGUGCUGAAAUAAGAGAAGUCCUAUAUGAAAUAGAUUGGGAAGAUUGUAGCAAAACUGUGAAGCCUUACGUUCUUAUAAUGCAAGCUUACACGAACAGCCCUAUCAAGCUGAAGGGUGGAAACUUCAUGGAAUACAACCUCAACACCUUUGGAAAUGUCUGCAGCACAGCUUAUUCAUACUUCAAUUUGAUGUUUGCGGCAGUUCCAAAUUCAUCAUAGUCAUUUAACAAAUAAUAUUCACGCAAACACUAACAUUGAGGUUAUAGGGUAGCUUAUAAGGAGGCACCGGAUUUUCCAGAAGUUAAAUACUCAACAUUACGUCAUUACAUAUUCAAGAAAACAUGG